AAGAAUCUACAAUGGAUAGUGCGAAUAAUGAUGAUUUUGAUCCAUCUGAUAAUGACCAAGAAAAAGAUAGUAAUGAUGAUGAAAUAUUAGCCUCAACAUCAACAUCUUCUUCAAAUUUGAAUCGUGUCAAAAAAAGAAAAAGAAAAGGAAAAAAGCCAGGAAGUUUCGUAUGGCAAUUUUUUAAAAAAUAUGAUGCUUUAAUACUUAAAUUAGAUAAUCUAGAAGAGGAAGUCGAAAAAGUUCAAUGCUUAUUUGAUGGAUGUGAUACAGAGUAUGUGUGGUUAGGUUCAACAAGCAAUUUAAUAUCUCACUUUAGGGAUAUCCAUCAAAUUACCAAAGAAUUACUUGCGAAUAAGUCAGUAAAAGUUCAUUAA